GAUUCUGAGAAAACGUUACCAAUUUUUUUAGCAUCCAUGCAACACUGCUUGGAGUAUAGUUACAGCUGUUUUUUGUUUAUAAAAUGCUGGAAUCUAAGAAAUAUUAGAUUAAAAUUUUGAGGAAUUCCAGGAAAACGGUUGACAUCGUCCCUAUAACAGGUUAACACUACUUCAACUAAGAUAAUGGGUUCUGAACAUUCUAGUCAGUCUGGUAGCCAAGGAACACAAAGACAGGGUAGCUUGAACAAGGAAGGUCACAAAGCUAUCGGUUUUCGACGUCAACAUACUAUUGCAAAUCCUGGAGGAGCUAGUGAGUCAACUGAAUUUGGUGAAAGUGGCAGACCAGGUUCAAUAUCUCCUGGCCCCAGUGUCUGCAGUGAUGUAGAUCUACCAUAUAUAAGUUAUACUGUGAAUCGACCAAUUGGGGACUCGCCUAAAUUGACUAACAAACAACUUGUAAAAUCCAAGUCCAGGGACCGCAAACCACAACAACCUAAACAAACAAAACUGAAAAAUAAUACACACAAUAUAGUUGUUGUUCGAGGAGCAACGCUUAACAAUCCAAGCACCGAAAAAGACCCAGAAAUUGUCCGACUUCAAAGUAUUCCCAUGUUUCUACCUAUAAUGCGAGCUACCUUAAGCUUGCCAGCUGCUAGGGAUCCAGAAGUUCUAGAGAGGCUAGAUCCAACUCCUUUUCGAAAUUUAUGCAUGCGUUAUCAACACCAUCUGACAACUGCUGCAAAUGUGGUAGCUACUGAACAGAAUCAGAUUUUGCACAGGGUGAGAGAAGUUGAUAUUGAGGUUGCAAAAAUGGUAGUAGCAACUACAGAAAAACAACGUAGAUUUUCGAAAUAUGCAGAAAAGUUGACAAAAGUUGCAGAGCUAACUCAUCAACUAAAUCGUUGUCAUAUGUUACUGAAUCAAACACUUGAAUCUAUGGAGACAUUAAACAACUACUUGGAUAUUAAUGAUAGGUUGGAACCUUUCGUUUGGACAACAGGAUGAGGUUUACUGAAAGAGGAUACCAUCAGAUAUCCUCAUGAUGAGCAGAGCCUUAGUUCACCUUGAAUUGAUGUUUUACAUUUUUGGUUGAAAUGAAUUCACGGCAAAAUUUCAAAGUAAAUGUGGUAACCCAAUAAACGUUUUCUAUUAGUCAUUUUAAGAAACAAUAUUUCUAUGUAUUUUCAGUCAGAAUACAAUUAGCUUCUCUUCCUUAAUUAUAGUGUAAUCGAUAUCAAAAAGUUUUGAAUUAUGUAAUUUAACAGGAGCUCUUCAAUCGUUGUUGGUAUUUUUUUUUCUUGAUUAAUUUUUUCGACUCGUUGGGCUCAUGUUGAAAUUGAAAUAAAAAGCUUCAUUCAGAUGUUUCGCCUGUGGCCAGAGGUAUCUUCAGUAAUUUUAUUUAGUGAACAAGGUGGUUACAUCUUUUAGUACUGUAAAAUAAUGUUAUUUACUAAUAUGUCUGUCUAUAUAAAUGGGUUACAUUACAUUGACAACGACGAUAAUCUCUAAUUCAUAUCUGUAUUUUGAUCUUUCUCUCGUUACAAUUAGAUUAUGAUGUUGAAUGAAAGAAGCAGUGUUUUUGGAUUCAGAGUAUUUCACAGAAUUCAGAUGGUAUUUUUGUUACAAUGUGCUGGAGUUUUAUUCGAGAGGAUUCUAGUCAAUCAACCUUAGUUAUUUCAUAAUUUGUUAAGUGAAUCCUCUUGGUAUCUAAUAAUCAUCAUCAAUAAUUUUCGGUAGCCGCCUUGUCACUUAUAAUAGGAAGGUUUCAUGUAAUUGCUCAGAAUAUAAUACCUGGGAAAGUUAAAUUUAUAUUUUUGUCAUUAAUUAUAAUUGUAGAUCACAACUUCAGCCAAAAAUCUUGUAAGUGGACUAGCAUACAUAAAUAAAUCAUCCCAGUGUGGACAAAUCCGAAACCA